CUCCUUGAUCAUUCUGGUGUGUUACUCUCUGAUGGUCAGGAGCCUGACUUCUCCAGUGGAGAAUCUCCCAGAGGCAGGCUACUUGGCCCGUGCCAAGUCCAUUCGGACCAUCCUGCUGGUGUGCAGCCUCUUCGCCCUCUGUUUUGUGCCCUAUCACAUUGCCCGAUUCUUCUACUUCGUCACCCGGUUCCGGAACUCACGGGACUGCGAACUCCUAUCGGCAGCCAGCUUAGCCUACAAGAUCUGCAGACCCCUGGCCAGCAUGAGCAGCUGCCUCAAUCCCAUCCUGUACUUCCUGUCACGGGGCAACAACAGAGCCCAACUCUUCCAGAAGCUGAGACAGAACAAGGUUCCCACAAAAGAAGGACCUCGUCUUACUGCUGACUCCCAGCCCCGGUCUCUACAGCAGAGCCCCACAGAGGGCUGCUCAGGAGACAGAGGCUGAGCGAAUGAGGGAGUGGAGGGUGGAGAGAGUGAAGCCCUUACCGUGUAAUCGGGCAGGACAUCUAAGCCUCAGCGGCCCUGAGAAAUGAUGCUAUUGGCCUGUUUUUUGCCAACACACACACACACACACACACACACACACACUAGGUUUUUGGCAAGUUCACCCACUGGAGACCACCCACCCAGAUCAUAAUUGAAGAAAGGCUGCAUGCAAGGCAGGGGCCCUUGAAGCCUGUGAGCCUACAUGUCAAGCCUAGGACUGUCCAAGUGUUCAACAGCACAGUCUGUCCCCGACGGUCAUCCGGCUCCUUCCCAUGGUUGGCUAUUGACAGAUCAUGGAGUCUGCCUUCUAUGCUUUUCAUUACAUUGCUUAACAGCGGCUCCCUCAGGAAAGGAUCCUCCAGAUAAGAUGGAAGAUAUGGAGCCCGGGAUCUGUCUGAAGAAGGUGUCUCUUAUUUUUAUUCAAGCAUAAGGCUUCCAUUCACGACAACACAUACACACAUACACACACACAUUCACAUACAAUCUCCAUUUUCUAAUUUUUAGUUUUUACACAG